CCACGAGCUGCCGUAGUCGAACGCACCGCAAAAACACCCAAACGAACAAACCGGCAACUCGACUACGCCAAUUUUUCGACGUCGCUCAUUCCCACCCAUAACCAAAGACCCCGAUCAAUUUCCUCUUCCAUCACCGCUCUUGACAAUGCUCGACAAACUCGUCGGUCUCGCCAUGCUCGUGGCCGCCUCGGUCGUCUUCCUGUACUACACCAUCUGGACCCUCUUGAUGCCCUUCGUCGACGCGGAUCACCCCCUCCAAAACUUCUUCCCCCCGCGCGUCUGGGCGAUCCGCAUCCCCGUGAUCCUGAUCCUCCUCGGGUCCGCCGUGGUCGGCUCCUUCCUCAGCGUCGUCAUGAUCCGCAGUAACCGGAAGAAGGCGGCCAAGGCCAAGGCCGCGGCGGCCAAGAAGAAGGCUUGAAGGGGAGGGGGAAGAGAACGGGGCGCAGAUUCGGUUGCCAAAAGGGGGCAAAGGGAGAGAAAAGAGAGAGAGAGAGAGAAGGGGGGGUUGAAUCAACGCGCCUCGGAGCGUCGAGGAGGAGAGAUCCUGACAAACAAUUUUAUAUUGUUCUGUUCUGGCAGGCUGGUCGGACGGCUAAUAUAAUAUGCUUGUGAACCGGUCGGUUGUUCUGCAUGUCCCUCCGUGGCGGGUUUGGGGGCCCGGGGGGGGGGGGGG